ACAAACAUAGUAAUUAACAACUCAAAUACCAACUUUCCAUCUAACCCAAAGUGUCCCCAUUAAAACCCCAUCAAACUCUUCUCUGCUCAAAACCCUUGCAAAUAAACUAUUGGGACUUCGAUUUCAUCGAAAUCCCAUUUUCAUUACUCCAAAAUUAUUACAUUGGCUUCUAGAAUUAUAUUUGGCUUUACUAGUGUAAGUAUAUUGAAAAUGGCGGCCUCAACACCAUCAGGGUUGCAGAUUGCUUUUGCACGGCCAUGUGUUUCAGCUUCCCGCCGUGUUAUUGGAACUCAUGCAGCUUUUUUCAACACUGAUUCUAAGCGAGCAUCUUGGUCAAAGCUUGCUAGUGCUUGUAAUGUAUCAUCAAUAUUGCCAUUCCACCGCAAAUUCUCGUCUUAUUCGAUUAAAUCAGAAAAGGGAGUGAUCAAGGCAAUGGCAGAAGCUAGUAACAAGGCUGUAGGAGGAUUACCUAUUGACUUACGAGGUAAGAGGGCAUUUAUUGCCGGUGUAGCUGAUGACAAUGGAUAUGGUUGGGCAAUCGCAAAAUCUCUGGCUGCAGCUGGUGCUGAGAUUCUUGUUGGCACUUGGGUCCCUGCACUGAAUAUUUUUGAAACAAGUCUAAGACGUGGAAAAUUCGACGAAUCACGAGUGUUGCCUGAUGGUUCAUUGAUGGAGAUCACCAAGGUUUAUCCCCUAGAUGCUGUUUUUGAUAGUCCCGAGGAUGUUCCCGAAGAUGUAAAAUCAAACAAGCGUUAUGCAGGAUCAAGCAAUUGGACUGUUAAGGAAGUUGCUGAAUCAGUUAAACAAGAUUUUGGUACCAUUGACAUCCUUGUUCAUUCGCUUGCAAACGGACCAGAGGUCACUAAACCUCUAUUAGAAACUUCGAGAAACGGGUACCUUGCUGCAUUAUCCGCUUCAAGUUACUCUUAUGUUUCAUUACUGAAACAUUUCCUUCCUAUAAUGAAUCCAGGUGGUUCAUCUGUGUCACUAACCUACAUUGCUUCUGAGAGGAUAAUUCCCGGUUAUGGUGGAGGCAUGAGCUCUGCAAAAGCUGCUUUAGAGAGUGAUACGCGGGUAAUGGCCUUUGAAGCAGGGAGAAAACGAAGGGUUAGAGUAAACACAAUAUCAGCCGGUCCACUUCGGAGCCGUGCUGCAAAAGCCAUUGGAUUUAUUGACAUGAUGAUCGACUAUUCUAUAGCGAAUGCUCCAUUGCAAAAAGAACUAUCUGCAGAUGAAGUUGGAAACGCUGCUGCUUUCCUUGCGUCCCCUUUGGCCUCUGCCAUAACCGGUGCUGUUAUAUAUGUCGACAAUGGUCUAAAUGCAAUGGGAGUAGGCGUAGAUAGUCCAGUUUUCGAGAAUCUUGACAUCCCGAAAGAUCAGCUCUAAGAUUUAGUGAGCCCGACCUCGAUUUUGCGUUGUGAUGACCGGGAUCUACAUUCAAUAGUUCAUGAGUUGAGGAAUGUUGGCUCGAGUAAGAAACCAUAUGUAUUGUACUUUAAUAAUUUAUAUUUAUGAAUUAGUCAUGUGUGGUUAGGUAGUUCCUAUAAUCCCCAACUUGGAAAUCCAUAUUUCUUGUACUUUUUAAGUUGUAUUUGAAUAAUCUAUGUUACAAAUAGUUUGUUAUUGA